AGGUGUUCCAGCAAUAUAGAAGAAAUUAAUCUAUCACAUGUCUCAGAAUUCCAUCUCAUGGGUCUCUCAGAGGAUGCACAACUGCAACCUAUUCUUCUUGGACUAUUCCUGUCAAUAUAUCUGGUCACAGUGCUUGGGAACAUGUUGAUCAUCCUGGCUGUCAGCUUGGACUCUUAUCUUCAUAUUCCUAUGUACUUCUUCCUCUUCAACCUGGCCUUGACUGACAUUUGUUUCAUCUCCACCACUGUCCCAAAGAUGAUUGUAGACAUCCAAACUCACGGCAGAGUAAUCUCCUAUGUGGGGUGCCUCACACAGAUGUCUCUUUUCAUUAUUUUUGGAUGCAUGGAUGACAUGCUUCUGACAGUGAUGGCUUAUGAUAGAUUUGUGGCCAUCUGUCACCCCCUGCGUUACUCAAUUAUCAUGAACCCUCGCCUCUGUGCCUUCCUUGUACUGAUAUCUUCUUUGGUUAGCAUUUGGGAAUCCCAGUUGCACAACUUGAUUGUUUUACAAUUUCCCUAUUUUAAGGACAGGCAAAUUUCCAAUUUCUUCUGUGACCCUUCUCAAGUGUUAAAUCUUGUGUGUUCUAACACCUUUACCAAAAAUAUAGUCAUUUAUAUUGUAGGCACCACAUCAGGAUUCAUUCCUGUCUUAGGAAUCUUUCUCUCAUACUAUAAAAUAAUUUCCUCUAUUCUGAGGACCCCAUCAUCAGGUGGGAGGUUUAAAGCUUUCUCGACUUGUGGUUCACACCUGUCAGUUGUUUGCUUAUAUUAUGGAACAGGGUUUGGAGUGUAUCUUGCAUCAACUGUAUCAAAUUCCCCCAGAAAUAAUGCCGUGGCCUCAGUGAUGUACACAGUGGUCAUCCCUAUGCUGAACCCUUUCAUUUACAGCCUGAGGAACAGAGACAUUAAGAGUGCCCUCUGGAGGAUGCAAAGCAGAAAAUUCUAG